UUCAUUAUCGAAUUUCUCGAAUUUCGAUUGAUUAUAUUUUUGUAUUUGAGGUGAGGCUUCUCCAUCACUUCCAUCAAAUAUUAAUAAAUUCCAUGGGCUCCAAUGAAUAGAACUUGUAUCCAGUACCGUAAAACAUGUUUAUUUAAAACUUUUUGUUUUUGUUUUGUUUUCUGUUUUUGAGGUUAGGUGUGUUAUCAUUUCAGUUUUCAAAUCAGGUUAAUACAGUUUCGUACUUUUUAACUAGAAUCCAGUUAUUCCAAUAGUUUUUUUUAUCCACACGAGACUGUUGUGUAUAAUCAAAUUUGUAGGCGUGUUCUAAACGCAGAGUUUAUUUAAGAAACAUCGAUUCGCUAUUUUAUUACAAUGCCCACUUGGAAUCAAAUUCAAUCUCAGCUCAGGAAUCCAAACAAUCCAGUGGUAUUCUUUGAUAUCACCGUAGGGACCACAGAAAUAGGAAGAAUGAUUUUUGAAUUAUUUGCUGAUGUUGUACCAAAGACAAGUGAAAACUUCAGAGAAUUUUGUACUGGAGAAUAUAGAAGAGAUGGUGUACCUUUGGGAUAUAAAGGAGCAACAUUCCACAGAGUUAUUAAAGACUUCAUGAUACAAGGAGGAGAUUUUGUCAAUGGAGAUGGUACUGGUGUCAUGAGUAUUUAUGGUGGUAGUACAUUUGCUGAUGAGAACUUUUCUUUGAAACAUGACUCCCCAGGAUUACUUUCAAUGGCAAAUAGUGGCAAGGACACAAAUGGUUGCCAGUUUUUUAUAACAUGUGCUAAGUGUAAUUUCUUAGAUAAUAAGCAUGUGGUGUUUGGAAGAGUAAUUGAUGGAUUAUUAGUUAUGAGAAAAAUAGAAAAUGUGCCCACAGGACCUAAUAAUAAACCUAAAAUUCCAGUAACAAUAAGUCAAUGUGGGCAGAUGUAAAUAUAAAUAAAAUAUUCUUUUUAA